AUGAAAGAGAGUAAAGAGAAGAAAUUACGAGGAGCUGCUUGCCCGACGAGUGAGAGCACCUCGAUUCACGGGAAUCAGCCAAAGCUAACCAGAAUAUUAGCGGAGAAGUUGUUUCUGGCGGAGAAGUUGUUUCCGGGCUCUGAGAACCAGGGCUACGAAGAAGCCCAUCUCUUUGCAUCUCGAGAAGAAAUGGAGACUCUCAUCCUUGACAAGCCAUUAAACGGGAAAUCCUUCACCAACUACCAUAGCGCCAUGUCUUCCCUGGGUGAUACACACCAUCCCUUAUCGCCUCCCACAGUAGUAGUCGCACCAGGCGAUGAUUCCUACAGAAGGUUCUUUAUUUUGCCACGGCCGAAUAAGAGCAUAGUGGAGAGUCAGUCCGUGCAAAACUAGGAAUUUGUUGAAUAGAGGCAUCUGGCUUUGGAGAAAUACCUGUGCAGAUUGGCAGCACAUCCGGUGAUCAAGAAUAGUAAGGAAAAGAAGGUGUUCUUGCAGGCCUGCGGGAAGCUUCCUUUGCCCAUGAUGACAGAUGUGGCCUCGAGGAUGUUGGAUGGCGCGGUCAACCUUCCGAAGUAG